AUGUCGUGCAAACCCACUCGCUUGUUAUCCAAUUUGCCCGGGGCAUUGGACUUUGGGAUACAGAUGCCAUGUUUCAAUGAUGACGGGGAUUACGUGGGACCGCUCUUGCGGUGCCCGCAUACACAUGCAGAUCGAGCAUGCGGCUUUCAUGAUGGCGCUUGGAAAUCGGCCGCCACGGCGGCUUAUCCUUCGGACUUCGCUGCUUUCUUCGCCCGUCUCUCUUUGAGUGUGGUGCCUGAGCUGAGGGCCGUGGCUGAUUCCGACCUGAUCCCGGCCAACAUCCCUUCGUCAGCCGAGGCCUUUGCCACAGAGUGCAUCGCACGCGGUUCUUUCGAUCGCGCUUCAGUUCAGAUUCUUUUCGACUUGCUUCCUAAGACUCGGCCUCACAAGAUCACAGGCAGCGCAGAACCUGGCACCGCUUUCUUUGGAGGCACUGUACAUCAGGAGGGCCUCACCGCACCGCGGUCCACUUGUUAUACAUUCCCCGAGUCCAUGCGUGUGAUCAAUGCUUUUCUUCAUUCGGUGGACCCGCACCACCGGUAUGCUGCUUUCGUUCUCACAAAGAACGUUAGCAGUGAGGUUCAUCGUGAUCCGCGGAACGCAGCCGCAGCAGUGCCCAACAUGAUUGUGGCAAUUUCCUCAUUUUCUGAUGGUGGCAUUUGGAUACAGGAUGACUCAGGUACCCAGGUGCGAUCCUUUCAUGGCUCGCCCGUCACAGGCACUGUACACUCCUUACAGGACGGGCCCGUCUACUUGGAUGCCCGUGGAUGUUUGCAUGCUACCCAACCUUGGGUUGGGGAUCGCCUCAUUGCCAUUGCAUACACCCCUCAGAACUUGCACCUGCUCUCCGCUGAAGACUCUGCUUUUCUGGCUUCAUUGGGCUUUCCUGUCUUGGAUUCCUCUCCUGCGGGGGGGGAGGCACCAGCGGAAUCUUUCGUUUCCUCAGGCAACUCCACCUUGGCUGCAGCAGUGCCGGCGAUAGACAACUCAGGCACUGGAGACGCUCAGGAGGUAGUGGUGAUCGAUCAUGAGGAGUCGGCCAGGGAAGCUUUUGACCCCAAGACCAGUCGCGCUUUCGGGCAGCCCAUGAUCUGCAAGUCUGAAAUGGGCAAGCAAGAGUUUGUGGACGGCUUUGGGUUGUGCUCGCCUGGCCGUUGGGCUCCCGAGGCGAGAGAGAAGUUGGCGUCGAGUGAUGAGGUUGCACAUGCGGAGGAAAUUCGCGGACUGCUAAGAGACUUUGUGAUUGAUCAGCUGAAAGACCCCAAGGACAUGGCGUUCCGUCUCGCGACGGGCCAUGUGAAGAAUUCUCCUUUCGCGGAGCCUGCCUUGCAGAAGUUGAGGCAGAGGAUCGUCGAUUUGAUCCCAGGGGCGUCUUCAGACCUGCCCAGAGAUGAGAACACUUUGUCGGAUGCCAUUACCAACCACGACUUUUCGAGUUUCUGCCCGGAGCUGAGGGUUCCUUUGAAGCUGGACGAUCUGCCGCUUGACAUUUUCCUUCGCAUGGUCCACUCCAGGAGUGCUUUCUUGGAUUCGCGUGUCAGCUUGCAGCGAUUGGUCUCGAGGGAGUCGGCGAUGUCUCGCCGGGAGAAGGAGACGAGCAAAACACCUUGGUGA